AUGUUGAGUAUCUCAGGAAUUAGCUUACGAUUUUGGGGCUUGACAGAAAUUCCGACGCUGUUUUUGGCCUUCACCUUGGCGGCAGUGAAAUUAGGCCUACUUCCUGGCGCAGGUGGUACCCAACGUUUACCAAAACUAGUGCCGAUCACCGAAGCCUUAAGUAUGAUGCUGACUGGAAAAGUUUUGCCCCCAGUCAAAGCAAAGAAAAUUGGUCUUAUUGAUCGUGUUGUGCAACCUAUUGGACCAGGAUUACGAUCCUUUGAAGAGAACAACUAUUAUUACUUGGAAAAAGUGAAAUUAGGCCUACUUCCGGGCGCAGGUGGUACCCAACGUUUACCAAAACUAGUGCCGAUCACCGAAGCCUUAAGUAUGAUGCUGACUGGAAAAGUUUUGCCCCCAGUCAAAGCAAAGAAAAUUGGUCUUAUUGAUCGUGUUGUGCAACCUAUUGGACCAGGAUUACGAUCCAUUGAAGAGAACAACUAUUAUUACUUAGAAAAAGUUGCAGUUGAAGCUGCACGACAACUCUCAGCAGGAGCAUUGAAAGCGGACAGGAAAGGAUCCUACUGGAAGCAGGCCAUGAAUCUUUUGCUCACAAAAACACCGCUGCUGAAGAGCGUGAUUUUGAAAAAAGCACGAGAAAAUGUAAUGAAAAUGACCAGUGGAAAUUACCCAGCACCGCUGAGAAUUCUGGAUGUUGUGGAAACUGGUCUAACAAGGGGACCUGACCAGGGCUACUUGGAGGAAUCGUUGUUGGCGGUAAUUGGCGCCGGUCUGAUGGGUAGUGGCAUAGCAAAUGUUUCCAUUGACAAAGGUAUUCAAACGUAUUUGGUGGAUAUGAACGAUAUAGCCAUAGCACGUGGCCAAAAUCACAUCCACAAGCACUACGAUGGGCUAGUGAAACGGCGUCGAAUCACGGAUUAUCAGCGACAUAAAUUUAUGGCAAAUCUCAAACCCACUUUUUCGUAUAGCGAUUUGCGCGAUUGCGAUGCUCUCGAAUCGGUCGUCCCAGAGCACUGUAUUAUUGCAUCAAACACUUCGGCACUUCCAAUUACCCAAAUUGCAUCAGUAUCCACGCGGCCGGAACGUAUCAUCGGGAUGCAUUAUUUUUCGCCGGUCGAAAAAAUGGAGCUCUUGGAAGUGAUAACAACAAAGAAGACGAGCAAAGAAACUAUUGCCAAAGCAGCCCAGUUGGGUUUGGCACAAAAUAAAUUAGUGGUUAUCGUAAAAGAUUGUCCAGGAUUUUUUGUUGUUCGCUGUCUAGCCCCAAUGAUGAGCGAAGCUGGCCGAUUGUUGCAAGAAGGUGUUUCACCGGAAGAAUUGGAUAAAAUAACGAAAGAUUAUGGUUUCCCGGUUGGCGCAGCAACCCUGAUGGAUGAAGUAGGCUUGGAUGUGUCACAACAUGUCGCCGAAUUUUUAGGACAAGAAAUGGUAGCAUCGGGCUUCAAAGGUCGCAAAUCCGGAAAAGGAUACUUCAUUUACGGAGGCUCCACGAAAUUUGGUUCUUUGUUUGGUAAAAAGAAGAAAGUGAAUGAAGCUGCGGCUAGGAUUCUUCAAAAGCACCGCCUGAAUCCUGUUGUGAAUAUGAGCAGUACGGCUGAUCGUCAACUUCGAAUUUUAUGCCGUUAUGUAAAUGAAGCUGCUCUUUGUCUCGAAGAAGGAGUUAUUUCAUCACCGUUGGAUGGUGAUACAGCUUCGGUGUUUGGCAUUGGUUUUCCGCCGUUCUGGGGUGGUCCAUUCCGGUUCAUCGAUUUAUACGGGGCCGAUAAACUUGUCCGCGAUAUGUCCGGCUACGCUGAAGCAUAUUCCUCGGAGCAAUUUGCACCAGCACAAAUAAUCCGGGAUCAUGCGAAACAACAUGUGAACUUUUAUCCCAAAUAA